GUUACAUGUAGUUGACAUGGCGAUUGUUGAAGGCAAAGCCGUUGUUUGCGUGAAGUUCUAGCUAAUUUUUGACCUUAGAAUGUUGAAGAGAAGAUCUGAGUCAACGGAAAUAACACCCCUCGUUAACAGUGCCGUUGAGAAACUUCAAGAACUCGGUAAUCAGUGAGAAAUAUUGUCAAAAAGACAACAACCAUUAAGUUGCAUAGUUAGAAAAUUUGCCAUUUACGUUGUAGGGCACCAUGUUAGGACUAGAAGAGAAGGCGGGGAACCUGUGGAUACUUCUGGAGUGGACGUGGUCGUUAAAGCCCUCAAAGAUCUGGUAGAUUGAAAUUAAAGAUAUAUUAGCGACUCACUUUUUUUAUCCUGGGCCUUUAAAGUUAUCUAGCUGCCUGAUACCUGAGCAGAUACAUAUAAAGUAAAUCAUUAGGUACCACAAGGGAUUGUUCAAAUCAUGAGGAUUUUCUUGGCCAAAAAAGUUUCAGUAGAGAGCAUUUAUUAUUCAAAUGAUGUUUUUAUCUUUUGAAUUAUGCUUCAGAACAGCUCAAAAUGUAGCUGCUUGACAAUUAGAUCUUCCUGUCAAAUUUAUAUCCUUCUUUGCGACUCACAUUUUAUUAAGUUAUAGCUUGAAAAUUUUCGUUAUUUCAUUGCAAUUUCUUAGCUGAUGAUAUUCCAUUUCUCAUCAUUAGUAACUGAUUGACACGUAAAUCACAAUUUAAGGGAAUAAAAUGAUAUUGUGACCUGCAGUGAUCUGUGAUGUACAAUUAAAGGAACAAUUUCCAUACGUGAGCUGCAAUAAAAGCUAUUUAUAAGAGAGUUUCUUUUCUGCCAUCCCUAUAACUGCAGCUUACUUAAAAAAAAAUUGUUUCUUUCUGUGCACUUGAAAAUGAAUUGUGUCAUACAAAUGUGGAAACCAGGAAGAGGUAAUUUUUGAUUGAUUCAAGGGGUCAUGCACUUGUUUAUAAAGGCCCAGAUUUCCAAAUACUAGUGGAGCUCUUGUAGAAUCUCCUCACCCUUUGUUGGAAGCUGUGUGUAAAAACCUAUUAGGAAAAGAAAACAACUCACUUUUUCAUAUGAUCAUAUGAUUCUUCAUCUAUCUCCCUCUGAUUGUAAGAAAAAUGGUUGUGCCCUCUGCAUGUGACUGUUUGCAAAUUUAUAUUUUCUCAUUUUGCAAACUUGACAAUAAUUUGAUUAAAUUCUCAUGUUUACAGCUAAUGGUAAAGCUUUAUAUCAUAUUUGUAGAUUGAAUUAACCUUCAAAUCAUAACAUUUAAAAAAAGUAAUUUUUGUAAUGACAGUGACUUAAUUCUUGUUUAUUACACCUAUGUAUGUCAUUACAGGAAGAAGAAAGAUUGAAACUCCAUGAACUGCUUGAAACAGAAACAAUUACAGCCAGUGUUCUCCGUUACAAACUUAAAUACUUUCCAAGCGAUAUCAAAUCAGAGAUACAAGGUAUGAUAGGAAUUUUGUGACUUUCCUUGGGCAUUGCAUGGUCAAUUAGGCAAUAGACUGCACUUUGCAUUGGUCAUUUGGUUAGAUAUAACAUUGUCUGGAUAUUAAUAAUUACAUGUAUGUACUUUUUCUGUUUAGGUGCUGUAUAUUCAGCUAGACAGUCAAAUGAAGCAGAAAUAAUGAGACUAAAGGUACUUUUAAUUAUUUCAAUUUUUAAAUUUUCAGAUUAGUUGAUUAUAAACUCCAUUUCUCCUCAAUAUGUCUUCCUCCUGUGUAAUUACCUCUCUUAACUAGUCUUUUCUACAUGGUUGAUUUGAGUUGCAAGCUAUAAGGCCUCUUAACAGGCAGGCACUGGCUGUUCCAAAGUUUAAAAAAUGCUAUCCAUUAGAUAAAUCUCUAUCUGGUGGAUAUCAAAGUACACAUCAUUACUACUUUUCUGCUGGAUAGCGGUUUAUCUGUUGGAUAUAGUUUUAUCUACUCUUUGAACAACAAAACCUAGGAAGUUAUCCUAAUAUCGAAAGUUUGAGGCAAGCAAGAUGGUUUGCAUGCUCUUUACCUUUGAUAAGUUUAUCUGGUUUCCUGGAUUGAAAGGGGCCUUCUCUUUGCCAGCUUAAAUGCAGGCUUUUUUGGGCACUAUUUGAAAACAAAAAGAAAUAAAAAUAAAUUUAAUAAAAUCUUAGAAUUAUUUUUACUGUUAUCUAUUAUCUUUUAUGAAGGUUGGUAACCUGCAUGAUAAAUAUGUUUUUUUAUCAUGAUGAUAUAUUUUAUUUCAUUACAUGUCUAACAUGCAUAGUUGUCUCUAUCCAUUUUAGACUCAGCUGAACACUAUCAUCACAAACAUCAAGUCCCUUCAGGACAGACACGAAGAACUUGCAAAGGAAAAUGCUAAACUGGAGUAAGCAUUGUUACUCCCUUUAAAACAUAACAGUUCUAUGUGAUAUUAAUCCUUUGGCUUCCAAGAGUGAUCAGCAUGUUAUUUCUCCUUACAAUAUCACCCCUGCAUCACACAUUGAGGUCACAAGAAAAAGGAAAUGAUCACCAACAAAGGAAGCUCUUCUCUUGUUUGUCAAACAAAUCUCCCUUGUCAGCACCUUGUAUAGAGGACAGUUUGGAGAAUAUGUACUCUGAUGUUAGGGUGUAAACUAAAAACCUGAAAUAAGUCAGUAUCAUGGUACAGCCUCUUUUAAUUUUAAUAUGAAAUCCAGAUGUAAACAACAUUUAAAACUUGGAAUGAAGUUUAUGUUCAAAGUUGAACAGAUGCUCAUGAUAUAAAUAAUCAAUAUUUGUUUACCAAUUCUAUAAUAAUUGAAAUCAUAAGUAUAUACUUAAAAUCUAAAAUAUUAUUAAUAUGAAAUGAAAUGCAUAGCAGGGAUUUAUACUUUCUAGGCCAGAGAGGAAUGACAUGCAAACUGGACAUGAUGAAAUCAUCGCACUUCUUAAUCAGAAGAUGGCUGAUAAAGCAAGGUAACAAGUCACUGAUUGUGGAUUCAGAGUGAGAAGGUGGUGUAUCUGUACAGUGCAUAUUACAGUGCUAAGAGAUAUUUAGUUCUAAGGCUUGGGGAGAGAGGGCAUGACUCUCUUAUUUUUCACCUGGAGCCAAACAUCUUCAGUCCAGCCCUCCAACUCAUUCAUUAAGUACUGUCUAACAGGGUAUGGUUAUCAAAAAACUGAGGUGAUUUUCUUGUCAUGGAGAUGUAACCUAUUUUGAUGUUAUAAGCCCAGAGUGUAGUGUGACUACAAAGUUAUUGACUUGAUUUCUUUUUGCAUCUAUAGUAAACAAAUUACUCUUAAUGAAACACGUGAUAAACUGAGGGAAACAUACAAAAGGGUAAGAUACUAGAUUGUGGUACAUGUAACUAUCAUCCUCUGAUAUUAAAUUAGUUGGGACCCCUGAAUUAACCAGACACACUGUUCUCUUGCCCCUCUUGCCCUUUGAAGUUUUUCAACUACCAGUUUUCUCAGAGGCCAGGGGUUAGAGUGGCAGAGAAUAUGCCAAGACUGUCCCAAUAAAUAUGUCCAUAUGCAUAGGACACUGUGAGCUCUCAAUGCUUAUUCCUGAUGUUUUGAGACUUUGUUGUGUCUUUCAUUGAGUUUUUCAACAAUUUCAAUUCAGACACUUGUUAUCUCUCCUGCCCAUCCCAUGAACACAUUGGCAAUCAACAAAUUUAGAAGGGGGGUAGGAAUUGUGGGAAAAUAAUAUCAUAACAUUGUUCUGGAGAAGUAUCGAAACCAAUUAUGUCUUGAGUGUGGCUAUAAUUUCCUAAGUACAGUAAAUGGUUUGAAUAGGGAGAACAUAGUUUAUUAUGUAGUUGGAUCAUUAAGAUGUCAGAGUACUCUCAAGAAGGAUUAUUCUGAUAAUGACUGAAAUAAUAAUGAUUAAAGCCAAGAUCAGAGAUGACUUUCACUAAAAUUGUCAAAAAAUCAGCCAGGUACUGACAACAGUUCUCCUCAGGACUAUUUUCACCAUGAUGAUCAGAUUUCAUGGGCAAAUAUUUCCUUGUAUAACAACUGAUAUACACUACAAUGUUUAAAAUCCAUAAUUCAGUUACUGGUAUGUAAGAGUUCAGGUAAGAAUUGCACAACAUAUUACACUGACCACUGUAGCUAAGUGAUGGCGAUUGUUUUUAAAUUAAAUUGUUUUCUCCUGUAUAAAGAUAAUUGACCUAGAAGAUUCAAUUGUUCAGUUGAAAGAAGAUUUGGUUCAUGAACGAGAGGAAGCACGACUGGAAAAAGAAAAGCUUAAACAGUCAGUGGUGAGUACUUUGAAAAUUAAAUGGACAUUUUAUCCUUUUUUACCUGAAAUUAUGACUCAGUCUGUCAAUCUGAUUACUACUUUGCAUUUAAGCUAUAUAAUUUUUAAAACCCUCUGCUAGAGGCCUUUUAUCUGACAUGUUAUGUAUAACUGACCAGUAAAUGACAAAUACAUGAAAGUUAGUCAUACAAUUACCAUUUUUUCACAUGGUGAAUUGAUUGAUUUAUGCAGAUCUGAUGGUUAUGUUGAAUAUUUAUAAUAAUUGUUCAUGGGCUCAUCAUUGAUGAUCAAAUUUCUCUGCAGGCUGACACUCAGAAAAAAGCAGAGGAGCAACGCAAGACAAAUAUUGAAAAGAGAAAGUAAAAACCUUUACUUCACUUUUUAUCAAAUUUUUUGGAUAUGAAAAAAAUAUAUUUGAAUUGUAUCAGAUAGUUCAAGUUUCUACUGUGUCACGUCACAAUUCAUUCAAAAUUUGAUCAAGUUAUUUAAUAAUGCCAAUCCCAUAAUUCACAGUGAGGGUGUAUUUAACAUAGUAACUCAGCUCUUCAUUAGAUAAACUAAGUUUGUAUAAUUAUUUUUCUGGACUAAUUCUUUGUUAUUGUUUUAUUCUGUGAUUUUAACCAUGAAAUCCUUUUAGUUUGGAUUUCUCCAUGAGUACUGUUUUUUUUUCAGGGAAAUUGACAAAUUGCAGGAGGAGUUGGUGGACAGUGAAUCAGUUUUAGACUCUAAGAGAAAGGUGCGUUACUUCAACUUCCAAAGUUUGAGAUGAGUUUUUUUCUGACUAACCAAGCUGCUGUUACACUGUUGUUGUUUUUUUAUACCUUGAUCCUUUCCCAUGAAACAGCAUUUAUUUUCUUAAGGAUAUACUCCCAGUUGUUUUGUGUUUCUUAGGGGUUGGAAAGGAGAAAAGAAAGAUUUUUGGUGCAAAGAUCUCUAGGUUCUAUGUAACUGUGUGUGUUAUCACUUGAAAUGUCUUUUUCUAGAACAUUAGGAAGUUUGAAACAUCACGUAACAGGCUGGAGGCUCAAGAGGUACAACUAAACAGACAACUUCAGAAGGAAAUCAAAGAUAAUUCCGUAUUGACGCAAGAAGGGUGAGUCAGACAAAGUGAAAAGAAAGUGUAUGUCAUGUAAUAGUCUCUGUUAGAUCAGACAUGAUUUCAUUUUGGUGGGGAUUCCUUGGUGUUAAUCUGUGAUUUUUUUGUCUGCCAUAGUCUUCGAUACAAAGCACUCUGGGAUAAAUUUUCAGUUACAUAAGAGCCCAAAAGAGAUUGUUAAACAAAUUUUUAGCACCUCUAAAAUAAUAUAAAAUUGUCAUCUUUCACACUGUGGAACAACAAUAAAAAAUAACUACAUAGAACAGUGCAUAAAAUGAAAGGGAGUAGAUGAAAGGUAAUGAGAGGUUUUCAGUCACGAUGCAUUUAGUUCUCUGACUUUUAAAGACACAUUUGAGUCUUCAUAAUCUGUCUUCUACUGCAUGAUCAAAUGUUCUACUUUUUUCUUUUCCUUAGGAUGAAAAUUGUCAAAGAACACAAUGAAAUGGCUACACGGUUGGAUGAGAGAAAGAAAUCAUUGCAAGUUCAACUAGAAAUGGUGUGAAUCCUCAAAUUGCGGAAUUAUAGGGCAAAACGAACCAAAGCUAUUUUUAUCUCUUGUGUAGCACUACAUAUAUCACCUCUCCAUGAACAACGUGAAUGUGCAAGACAGAGAGGAAUUUGAUUUAAGAUUGCUAACCACAAUAGAUAAUUUAAGGCUAAUGGAAAAUGAACCGAGGAAAGGCUGUAAAACCAGAGGAAAAAAAACAGCUGUAAAACCGGAGAAAACGGUUAAACCCAUGCUGAACAUGCUGUUUUGCUAAAUUUAUUACCUCACAGGUACUAAAUCAACUGAAAGAGGCAGAAGAACAAGAUAAACAGCUGACAUUUGAAAAGAAAUCACUUGAAAAAGGUGACAUCUGCAGCAGAUUUUUUUUAGCUACUGUGGGGAGAAAAUGUCUUUAAGUAAAUAUCAUUUUUAAAAAAAAUGGAAGGCGAAUUUCAUUAGAGGACAGUUGUGCUAAUUAUGUGUUUCAUUUAUACCUUGAAAGUUUUUCAUUCUCUAUACAGUUUUUUCUUUCCAAAGAGUGUUUCAACUAUUGAAUUUUAAAUUGAAAGAACUGAAAGUUUCUUGAUUGUAACUUUUUUUCCCCUGUAGAAUAUAAAAUUGCCAUGGAACUUCAGGAACAAGACGCUGAGGUGAUACGACAUCAUGAAAGAGUGUAAGAGGCAUUUGAGUUUUAUAUGAUGAUUGGACUUUUACAUUUUGAAUAGUUAAGCAGUUUAAUCUUUGCACAAACUUGAUUUGACAGACGUUUCGUUGUAGGCGUGAGUGUGAAACUCGGGGUUUUCACCUUGAGACACAAAAUCACGUACAUGAGUGCAAGUUUCUCAAAUGCAGUCUUCUGUAAUUAUGUUUAAAAUCAGUUUUGUUUCUGUUUGAUUGUACAGCCUUGCCAGAGGCAAGGAAUCGUUACAUAACCAAAAUCAGCAAUGUGCCAGGGUUAGAGCAGAGAACAUGGAGUUAGAGGAAGAAAUGAACCAGUUGGAGGAAAGCCACAAGUAAGGAAUAAUUUAAUGGUUAAUAACCCUUGAAAACCCAACGUCAGAAUGUAUAUUCUCCAUACUGUUCUCUAUUCAUUUCCUUUGGUACUGACGAGGAGAAUUUGUACAUCAAUCUAGUCAAGAGCUUCUUGAAUUGGCGAUCAUUUCCUUUAUUCUCAUUACCUUAAUGUUUGAUUCAAGGGUGAUACUGUAAGGAGAAAUUGUAGGAGCCAGUCAGUUUCAGGAGUUAAAGGGUUAUUACUAAUUUCUGUGUUUGGUUGCCUCAUGAGAUGUUCAGUCUAUGAAUCGAAGCAGUUAUGAAGGGGCUUAAAAACAAGCGUUUUACUGGUGCUUACUGCAGCCGCAAGUCAGUGGCUCUUUUUCCUGGAGUUUGCGACAGAACCGAUGCCUGUAUCGUUUGGUUGAAAAAAAAAAGAAUCCUUAAAAAAAUCAAGUCACUAGAUUGGAUGAUGUCUAAGUGCGCCAUAAGCAGCUACUCUGUUCUCCCGUUCGUUUGUUCGUUCACGUCUUAAAAACACUUGCAUGUUCGACCUGAUACUGACAUUAUGAGCCAAGUGACGCAAAUGCGAAUGAAUAAGUUUUUGUUUUAAUUCCUCAGUUGAAGCUAGAUGAUUCGCAAAACUAAAAUCAGCUGUUGAUUCUGUCUCCCCAGAGCAACUGUAGAUGUAUACAACAAGGAAAUCGAAACGUCCAAGAGUGCUUUAACAGUGGAGAGAAAAGACAGGUAAGAACCAAAGAAAGAUGUAAUUAGCACAUUUUGCCUUGACAGGUGCGUGCACUUGUCAGGGAAAACUUUUGUUAAUGCGGCUUCAACUCCCGCUCUUGUCAGCUAAUUUGCUUUCAUUUGCAAUUUUUGCAUAUCGACCUCACUAAAUAUUCUAAUGAAUGAUGAUGUAACACGUUGUAUCAAUUUUUCCUCGGGCAGAAUCUUGCUUUUAUAGUUGUUUUUAAUUCCCUCGGAUCUUUGGUUCUAGAGCUGGAUCCGCUAAAUUAUCCAGGUAUGGCUAUUUUCAUCGUGUGCAGGGAUUCAUACAUUAAAUCAAUGUCGUUUUUGACUGCAGGCAAGUUUUACAGAAGAAAAGAGACAAUGUCACCAAGGAGUCGAACGAGUUCAAAGGCGAAUAUGGACGCUAUAUGGCUACAAUGUCCAAGAAGGUCACUGAAGGCAAAGCGGAACAUACCAGGUUAACAGAGCGUGUGAGUAUAAUGCAGUCUGAAAUUUAUAGUUACAAAGUUAAAAAUCCAGUACUUCAUUGGUUGUGCUUUUCCUUGCCUUGUGAUUGGUUCUGAAAACGCGCGGCAACCCCUCGACCAAUCAGGUUGCAAAUUUAUGUAAAACUCGUAAUGACUUGGUCAGCGGCUUUCCCAGCGCUUGAGUUGACUAGGUUUUAUUUUCUACUUAAUGUGUAUGUAUUUUUUCCUACUGCAGGGGACUCAACUGCAAAAAGACUUGAAGAAGGACGAAGCGGACAUUAUCAGUAAACAGAAACAGCUCAAGAAAGCAAAACACGAUUACACUUCACUUCAAAAGCAGCUCAAGACUCAGCUUAAAGCUCUUCAAGUAAGCUGGUCUAACGUGUUCAGUUCUGUUGUUGCUUAAUAGAGUUCAUUUAGUGGAUCCAAUGAAUGAGGGCGAAAUUUAGGAUUUUUAUCAAUCUAGUAGAAAACUAUACAACACUCUUCGUUAAGAGAUUUUUCCGUACUUCCGCUCUUGCGUGCUGUUUGAAACUUCUUCCACGCACUGCUUCAAAUUUUAACAUCAAUUUUAUUUGAUUACAGGAAAGUAUUGAUAAGUUGGAGAAAGACAGGGACAAGAAAAAAGAUAUAAUUCAGGACAAAACCGUAAGAAUGAUAUCUCGCGUUUACUGCUAUGAUUCUCUUUAACGAAUGCGCUUUUCCAAGAAAAAUUGAUUUUCACCGUAUGUUAGCAAAGAAGAGGACUCAAGUUGAAAAACACUCGCUGAGGUACAAUUUCCUGCUAAGGGUCCUUGUCAGUUUAACUACAUGAAUCAUCGCCGUCCGUUUUAGUUUGCUCUAGCAUGAAGGUUACUCCGUGGAUCACUCGUCGAUGAUUUGCGUUCUUACCUUUGCAGCCAAUCUUCAAAGAUCUCGAGGUUCAGUUUAAAGAAAGGACACACGAGUUUGACACGACAAAGAAGAACAUAGUCGGUAAGUAACCUCAUAACAAAAAGUAAUUUUCAGUUGAAUGUCGAAAAUAAUCUAUGAUUGUAUUGGUUCUCCUUUCAUCUGCCUUUUCAUUGGUCUAGAAAUUUUGCGCAAACCUCUCGACCAAUCAGAUGUAAAGCUUAAAUCAAUCGCGACUUUGUCGUUUGCGUUUUCCCGCGCCUCAAGCAUAUCUCUCGUCUUCGCUUCGAUUACUGAUUGGCUCCUUGUGAUAUUUUUAUUUGGACGGUGAUUGGCCGUUGAGAUCACUUCGGUUUUGGUUUUGACACACUCAAUCGAAAAGCGCUCUAGUAUGCGCAAGUUGUCAAACUGCUAGCCAGUUUUUCUAAAAUUAUGGUAGGAACUCACCGAAACUGGGGAGCAAAUUUUUUUCUGUGAAUUAAGUAAAGACUGAUAUUCAGUGCAGAACACAGGGCAAUCAUCGAAAAUGUGAUUUGAGAUAGUGCUUGUAAAGGUCUUCAUGAUUAUAUUAGAAGGUAUUACAAUGAAGAGACAGGGUGUUGCUACUCCUAUACGGAGACGGAGAUGACCUUUUUUCUGUCAAAAUUAGAUUUCCUCAGUGGUAAAACGCUUAAGGCAAUGUUGGACUAAACAUUUAAUCCAUGUAGUUUAUUUAAGAGGAGAACUGUCACACACAUUACAAACACGCCGAUUGGUUCCAAAGCUUACAACGCUGACGAUAUGAAAGCGUGAUAAACAUUCUUUUUUUCUUCCCAUCUCUUGAUAUCACAGACCUAAAAAACAAAAAAGCUAGUCUGGAGACAUCUGUUCAAAGGGCUCAAAGAGACGUGGACAAGUUAGCAGAACCACAGACUCGUUUACACGGGAAGCUGAGGGAGAGACGGGUAGAGGCCUUGGAACAACUCAAGAACCAAUCAGAGGACGUGAAGAAGAUUGAAACAGAAAUCUUUUCAUCCGGUCAGCGGCUUGGGGCAGUACUCAAAGAGAACCACAGGUAUAAUAACAAACCCACCUUAGGGGCAAACAAGUGGGAGAGGGGGGGAGAAUAACUGUAUCCCCUCAUUUACCUUUAACCCCAAGUAUCUCCCACCCAGCCCCUGCUUAGCAACCCUGCCCUCUUGAUCUUCUUUAGUAUCUUUUGUCAAAAACUAAAGUGGAAAACAGUUCUCGGUUCCGCUGAACCUUUGCCGUUGUUCUCGACUUCUAGCGUUGUAAGCAAGAUUUAAAUUUCAAUUACUGUUUCGAAGAAGUGUGUGCAUGUCGGAUAAUAGUUAACGCUUUUAUAAUGCUUUUCUUUUGCAUAUCAUGAACAAGAUUUAAGCAGGUAUGUUAAAUGCAGCAAUUUUGUUAAAUCAUUUAUCUAGCCUUUAGCCACCUUCCUACAUCAAUUUAUCCCAUUCGGGGUCCUGUAUUUCCAUGAGUUUGAAGAAGAUUAUUGAGAUACCAAGCAGAGUUACUGCUUAAAUACGGCAAGAUUGACCCUUUACACCCUAAUAUCAAAAUGCAUAUUCUCAAUUUAACAAAUAGAUUCCAAGUUGCCGUGCGUCUGUUCAGUAACAGAUCACAGAUGACGUCAAAAUGUGGUAAGAAUAUCAAGGCAACUUGGAAUCUAUUUGUUUUAUAUAAUAAAGAAUUAAAAAAGUGUCAAUGAUGACGUCAUCUUGUGAGGAGAAGUUGGGUACUAGUUACUCUUAAGGGCGAGAAGUUCAAUGAAGCGAAAAACUGACUUUUCUACGGAGAGCUUUUGCUGUGAUUUUUGAAUAAUUAGUUAAUAAUUCUACUCGUUCUCCAGGCCAUCAGACAGCUUGAAGCAGAAAUUGAAAUCACACGGAAGGCAAUGAUCGCAAACUCUGGAACAAGAGAGAUAUUGCAAAAACAGCUUUUGGAAUACAGGGGUACGUUUUCUAAAGCUGUUUUCAUAUGCUUCUGUCUUUCCUUUAAACCUUAAACUUUUGGGUUUAUAAAAUAGAAUUCUAACAGUUGCUGUCGUAUUUAGCUCAAACCUGUGUGGUUGCAUGGGCUGUAAGUCUGUGUGAGGACAUUUUUGUGUGGAAUAAAAUCUGGGCGAAAUAAAAUUAGAGUACUUCUGAAAUAACGUGGAAAAGUGAACAGUAUCUGAUUGUGCUGCCCCUCGAUAACAAUGAUAUAAUUUAGAGUUCUUAUUUUCAGGUACGCUACACGAGCGCUGGAGAGAGGACUUCAACCUUGAUAAAGUAAGUGCUAAAAAUCUUGAUGGACAGAGGCAAGUAUCUCUUGACAUUGCAUCAGUGUUCAACUUUUUUUUUACCUUUUCUUGAUUAAAACAGAUUUAUGCUGAACGAGAUUCUCUGAUGUUGGAGGACAUUGAAAGACUUCAAGAGGAAACCAGCGUGAGAGAAGAAAGGUAAAAAGACUGUCAGAAGGGAAACUAGAUAGAAAAUACUUGACGGCUGAAUAAUAUGGAAGUUUCUCUGUAAGCUAAAGAAGGCCAACUGAGUCUUGUAAUUGUGGCACUAAUAAUCUUGGUGUCUCAUGCUUUAUGCAGGAUUGAUGAAAUCCAUCAACAACUCGAAGAGCAGCUGUCGGUCUUGUCUCACUUCAUUGAUGGAGUGGCAAACUUAAGACCUAAAGGUUCGUCUGGCGUACUUGUUAUGGCGCUUUUUGUUUGACUCUUGAAAAAAAAAAAAAGAGAAGUUAUCACAACAAUCAUCCAGAACACUGAAAAUAGAAAAUCACUAGGCGUCAUUGAGAAUUAAAAGUAAAAGCUUGUAAAGAGACGGGUUCAAGCGCGGGAAAACGCGAAUGACCACAAUAUCCAACGCCUUGAGAGGAUGUUUACUCCCCGCCCCUUAUAGAAUUUUUGUUGUUUGUUAUAUCCUACGAGUAUUUUUAUUGAAGUUUUUUCAUAAGCUCACUAAUAUGGAACCACAUUUUCAUGCAGCCCUUUUCCCCAGCUCCUAUUCGGACUUAUGUAAUCUCUCGUCCAUUCUUUUACAGACACUGCGCAAUCAGAGCGUAAAUCAGAAGGUACGAAUGCACUUACAUCCCUUAAGUUUUAUCCCCACUCAUAGGCUGGUUUGAAAGGAUCCUUGCUCAAUUUAUGAUUUAGUUUUGUAGCCGUUUUUUAGCUUGUAACUUUUGCUGCAGUGAUCUAUACAACACUUAUGUUUUGAGCUUGAGGUUUCUAUGAUGAGAUUGUAGCCUGAAUCAACACUGAAUCACGCACAAAAAUAGAGAGCGAGUAAUCUAAUUAACUAUUCGUUCAAAUUUGAAAAAAGACAGGCUUGUGUUUCAUUUUGUUUUUUUUACGACCGCACUCUUCGAGGCUAUUCUCACUAUUCUUUAUCUAUCAUGGAAUAAAUAGCGAGUAACGUAUUCCUAACCGAUCAGAUUUCAGAAUUUUUAACAGAAUUCUGGUGAGUAAAGUGGAAAUUCUAACAGCGUGCAGUUGUGAACAAAAUUAAAUAAGAAUAUGGGCUUGUGUUAUAGCUGUUUUGAAGACCAUUUAAUUCAUACCAAAACAACUAGGUUAUUCGCUCUCGAUUUCAAUGGCUCUAAGCCCUCCUUAAUUAUCACGCGAUAAUGUAAUCGUUGAAUAGCAUCCACCUUCUACUGUGUUAUUUCUUAUUAAUAUCAAUAUGUUAGGCAAAACAUUACUUAAGUGCUUGUGGAUUCGAAUUGAUCUUGUCGUGUGUAUAAUAGCUCACGAGUGAGUGAAGCGACCAAGGGAAAUUAUUAUCAUCCCUCUAAGAUUAAAUUCGUAUUCAAGCGACGUCAUUUAAUAUCCGCCCUAUGUCUGUUGUUCCAUGGUCUCCUCCUGGUCAAAUUUGGGGGGUAUCGAUGGUUACUGAUACGAAACAAUUUUGGUAUUUAGGCGGGAAAAAGAUAAAACCAGGAAAACCGCUCCACGGAUCUCCGCCACUGUCACCGAAGCCCCCACCCAAAUCACCGACACGGCGAAAAUCUACCAGUGACGUCAGUGCACCUGUUGAAAGCGAUUUAUAA